AUGCGUUUUCCUGAAGUGGCUCACUCAGCUGAGGGUCGCUAUGCCCAGAAGCUUCUGAAUGAUUUGAUGGAGAAUUAUUCCAAUGCCCUGCGGCCUGUGGAGGACACAGACAGUGCCCUCAAUGUCACCUUACAGAUUACCCUCUCUCAGAUCAAAGAUAUGGAUGAGAGGAACCAGGUGCUGAUAGCCUACCUGUGGAUCAGGCAGACAUGGCAUGAUGCUUAUCUCAAGUGGAAUAAAGACGACUAUGAUGGACUGGAUGUGAUCCACAUCCCCAGCAACCUGGUGUGGAGACCUGACCUCGUCCUCUAUAACAAAGCUGAUGACGACUUCUCAGGGCCGAUGGACACCAACGUGAGACUGCGCUACAAUGGAGAGAUUACCUGGGAUGCUCCUGCCAUCACCAAGAGCUCCUGUGUGGUGGACGUCUCUUACUUUCCCUUUGACAGUCAGAAAUGUAACCUCACCUUUGGUUCCUGGACCUACAAUGGCAAUCAGGUGGAUAUCAUUAUGGGCAUGGACAGCGGCGACCUGUCAGAUUUUGUGGAAAAUGUGGAAUGGGAGUGCAGCGAGAUGCCGGCCACCAAGAACGUUAUCACGUACGGCUGCUGCUCUGACCCAUAUCCAGACAUCACCUAUACAGUGGUCCUACAGCGUCGCUCCUCUUUCUACAUCUUCAACCUCCUCCUGCCCUGCUUCCUUAUCUCCUUCUUGGCCCCUCUGGGGUUUUACCUGCCUGCAGACUCUGGGGAGAAAGUUUCCCUUGGAGUGACGAUUCUUCUGGCUCUCACUGUGUUCCAGCUAAUGGUGGCUGAAAGCAUGCCUCCAUCAGAGAGUGUGCCGCUUAUAGGGAAAUACUACAUUGCCACUAUGACCAUGGUCACAGCCUCCACAGCUCUCACCAUCUUCAUCAUGAACAUCCACUUCUGUGGUGCAGAAGCCAAACCAGUCCCCCACUGGGCAAAAGUCCUCAUCAUUGACUACAUGUCCAAGAUUUUCUUUGUUUAUGAGGUGGGUGAGAACUGUGCCUCCUCCUCUGCCUCUUCUUCAUCUUUUCAGCCCCCACAGGAUGACAUCUGUCACCAGCACCUGAACUCCCACAUUCAGGUGAAUGGAAAACCGGGGAGUCACAGUAGCCAAGACAACCGGCAAAUAUAUAAAUACCCCAGGCCCCAGACCCCGAAACCACAGCACCAUCCCAGAGAGAAAGCCCAGCACCACAUCACUAGAGAAGACAGGAACCACCUAUCCAGCUUCUCACCUGGAAAGAACGAAGGCUCUAAUGGUAAAAUCGCUACAGAUGACUGCUGUAAAGAAGACCAGAAGAUCCCCUGUUAUCCUGAAGACCAAAAGCUUCCUUGCUGCCCUGAAGACAGGAAGCUUUCAUCACAAGGCAGCACUGCAACCUUUGGCCCCUGUGUGUUCUGUAGCCAUGGCAGUGGCAUCACUGGUGUAGACAGUAAGCUGGCACGAAAUGUUGAGUAUAUUGCCAACUGUUUCAGAGAGCAGAGGGCCACAUGCGCCAAGGGGGCAGAAUGGAAGAAGAUCGCUAAGGUGAUGGAUAGGAUCUUCAUGUGGAUCUUCUUUAUUAUGGUUUUCCUUAUGAGCAUCCUCAUUAUUGGCAAGGCACCAUGACUGAGCAGUGACGCAGAAGAUUUUUUUGAUAUUUAAUUCAGU